GCGAUCGUCGUACAUCUUUACUUCGCACUUCACACCACCAGGAUUACAGAUCUCGAGAUUUCCAUACAUUUGCACGGAAACUUCGAUGCUUGUGCAUUCCUUGGACGAUUUCGCUUGACCAACCGUCAACGACGUUGUCAGUCAGUGGUCGGAAUACAUAUUCAGCUUUGAGUCCCUCGUGGUUGAAUCCAAAUCAAACUCAGACCAGACUUCGUCAUUCAUCUCCACCCCACCUUUUGUGUAACCCGACAUCACACAUUACGACAUGCGCUUCGCUGUUCUCAUCUUCGUCUCGACUUCUCUCGCGCUUCUCAUCCCAAGAUGCGAUGUAGGCAUCGAUGCAUCAUCUGUUGAUACGCACAAUCUUGAUGCUGCUCCCGCUGCUACUGCUACUGUCACGAGCGCCUCCGUGAUAUCAAAAUACACCAAGAAAAUCAAGACUCCAUCGACCAAGACAUCUGCUGCUGCCACCACACCUCUAGCGACACGCGCAGUCACCACCAAAAUUGAGGAAGUGGAAGCUUGUGUCCCACACUCCAUCUGUGUCGACAAGAUCAGCCCUUGCGGCAAGCGUUACGGAGGAUGCUAUGAUGAGAACUUCUGCGACGGCAACACAAGCCCUUAUCCCAUCCCGACUUGUCCCACCAUGGUGACGGUCAAGCGAGCAGCCGCUCCCGCCAUCACACCAGCUUGAGAUGAUCAAACAAUGCGGCCAUGUUGAACUUGAAGACCUCCAAUACUGCAAGAAAGUGGGAAAGCAAAGAUAUGUUUGGAGCUUUGGACUGUCCCGUCCGAUAAUGAAGAGUGAGCGAGCUCCGUGUACGUUAACAAAAGCUUUAUAUAGACUACCCAGGAAAUAAUGUGUGCUUUGAAGAUCUC